GGAGCCGAGUAGUUGAAGGACAUCAAAUGAAACAGGAGUGCUUACAGCGGGUCCUCUUGAGUUUUGCGCGUAGCCUGUCCUCCGAGCCAGGAGACAGUACGUUUUAGUGAAAAUCAUGGAAGACAAAUCAAAUUCGUUCUCCAGCAACAAAGAAGGGGAGAAAGCGGAUGGGAAUAAUGUAUUUCAAAGGCAAGACUCGAUACAGAAGAAUAAUAUGGGGAGCCAGAACAUGAAAGGAGGGGACCAUGGAAACUCGGUGGGCUUCAAGGGGGAGCGGGAGGAAGCCUUGGUCGGGUUCGACGAUAUAGACGGGUCCGGGAACCGACAUGGCUUUAUGCAGCGGCAAUUUGGAGCGAUGAUGCAGCCCGGUGUCAAUAAGUUUUCCCUGCGAAUGUUCGGCAGUCAGAAAGCCGUUGAGAAAGAGCAAGAAAGGGUCCAAACGGCUGGAUACUGGAUCAUUCAUCCCUAUAGCGAUUUUAGGUUCUACUGGGACUUGGUAAUGCUGGUCAUGAUGAUGGGGAACCUGAUCAUCAUUCCUGUAGGAAUAACCUUCUUCUCGGAGCAGACCACCACCACCUGGCUAAUAUUCAACGUAGCAUCAGACACCAUCUUCCUCGUGGAUCUGGUCAUGAACUUCCGCACGGGGAUCGUCAACGAGGAGAGCUCCGAGAUCAUCCUGGAUCCCAAGGUCAUUAAGAUGAACUACCUGAAGAGCUGGUUUGUGGUCGACUUCCUGUCGUCCAUACCAGUGGAUUAUAUAUUUCUAAUAGUGGAAAAGGGGUUUGACUCAGAGGUGUACAAGACGGCGAGGGCGCUGAGGAUCGUGAGGUUUACUAAGAUUCUGUCUCUCCUGAGGCUGCUGAGACUUUCCCGACUCAUCAGAUACAUACACCAGUGGGAGGAGAUCUUCCAUAUGACCUAUGACCUGGCCAGUGCUGUGGUAAGAAUAUUUAAUCUGAUAGGGAUGAUGCUACUGCUGUGCCACUGGGACGGUUGUCUGCAGUUCCUGGUCCCCCUCCUACAAGAUUUCCCUCAAGAUUGCUGGGUGUCGCUAAACGGUAUGGUUAAUGACUCGUGGGGUAAGCAGUACUCGUACGCUCUCUUCAAGGCUAUGAGCCACAUGCUGUGUAUUGGGUAUGGUGCCCGGGCGCCCGUCAGCAUGUCCGACCUGUGGAUCACCAUGCUCAGCAUGAUCGUAGGCGCCACCUGCUACGCCAUGUUCGUGGGUCACGCCACCGCUCUCAUCCAAUCACUGGACUCCUCCCGCAGGCAGUACCAAGAGAAGUACAAACAAGUGGAGCAGUACAUGUCGUUCCACAAGCUACCUGCAGACAUGCGGCAGAAGAUUCAUGAUUACUAUGAACAUCGCUAUCAGGGCAAGAUCUUUGAUGAGGACAAUAUCCUGAGUGAGCUCAACGACCCGCUCAAAGAGGAAAUUGUGAACUUCAACUGUCGGAAGCUGGUGGCUACCAUGCCGCUGUUCGCCAACGCAGACCCAAACUUCGUUACGGGCAUGUUGAGCAAGCUGAAGUUCGAGGUGUUCCAGCCCAACGAUUACAUAAUCAGGGAGGGCACCGUGGGCAAGAAGAUGUACUUCAUCCAACAUGGUGUGGCCAGUGUCAUCACCAAGCUUAACAAAGAGAUGAAGCUGACUGACGGCUCUUACUUUGGAGAGAUCUGUCUGCUGACGAAGGGAAGGCGCACGGCCAGCGUUCGCGCUGACACCUACUGCCGUCUCUUCUCUCUCUCCGUGGAUCACUUCAACGAGGUGUUGGAGGAGUACCCCAUGAUGCGCCGCGCCUUCGAGACCGUAGCCAUCGACCGCCUGGACCGCAUUGGGAAGAAGAACAGCCUGCUCCUCCAGAAGUUCCAGAAGGAUCUGAACGCUGGGGUGUUCAACACGCAGGAGAACGAGAUAUUGAAGCAGAUCAUCCGUCAGGACAGGGAGAUGGUGAUGAUGGUGGACCGCAAGCAGUCGGUCACAGGGAUGUCAGUCACAGGGAUGUCGGUCACAGGGAUGAACACCACCCCGAUGUCUGGAAACUCCAUCAUUAACUCGCCGGCUCAGCCGCCCUACACCACUGCCCUGGGCAACAACCAGUUCCAGCAGUCAGCCACCCCUUUGACCUACAGCGCUUCAGCCGUCAUCGCCCCCUCUGCCGCAGCCGCCGCCCGCAUCCUGCCAGCCUCGGCUCAGGGUGUCUAUCCCGUCCCCAGCAUCAUCCACGGCAACCUGAACUCGUCCUCGCCCGUCCCCCAGACUCCCCUCUCUCUCCAGCAGCAAGGGGCCAUUAUGUCCCCGGUGUCCUUCGCCGCGGCUGUGUGCAGUCCACCCGUGCAGACCCCUGGGCUGGCAGGCCGCAGCUUCCAGUACGGCUCACCCACCGCCUCCCAGCUCUCCCUCAUCCAGCAGCUGCCGCCUACAGCCCUACCACCACAGCAACCACUACCACUACCACAGCAACCAGGAGGAGCUGCGGCCUCCUCAGUGACACAACAACAACAACAACAACAACAACAACAACAACCACAACAACAGCAGCAGCAGCAGCAAGUCCCGUCACCUCAGAGGAGUGACAGCCUCCACAAGGCCAGCCAUGCUCUCCAGUCGGGAAGCCUGAGUCGAGACGUGCGCCACCUCUCUGCCUCCCAGCCCUCCCUGCCGCAUGACACAUCCCUGGGCCCCCGAGCGCACCCUGCAGCGUCUGGGGACACCCUGGUCUCCAUUGCCCCGCCGGUGGCUGCGGUCCAGGGGAUGGGUAUACAGAGCGGUCUCCGCACCACAGUGCCCCAGAGGGUCAACCUGUUCCGCCAGAUGUCAUCGGGAGCGUUGCCUCCGGUGCGAGCAGCGUCCUCUGCAGCCCAGCACAGGGAUUCCACGGGCUCUAGGAAAGAUUCUAGAAGAGAUUCUACCUUAAGCAGUACAGAGACCGAGCAAGAUAAGAUGCGGUUCGCAUCAAAUUUAUGAUCCCAUUUUACUUUUUUAAACUUCUGUUUUAUUUCAUUUUUAAUGGAGAUACAAAAAAGAUAAAGAUGAACUUGAGUAUUUUUUUGUUUUCUCAAAAUGUUAUUCUGAAAAAAAAUUUGCCUCAAGGAAUUCCUGUACAGACUGCCCUUGUAUUAUAUUUUAGACACAUUUUCUCCCUAAAUUUAAGAAUGUAUAUUAAAUAAAUAUAUAUACAGUACCAGUCAAAA